AUGUCGUCGUCUUCUCGACCACAAGCCUCGAAGACCUCUGUUGACGAAGAGGCUUUGGCCGAAUAUGUUUACUCCAAAGUUAUUUAUCAAGCUGGUGUUGAUUUUGAAAGCAAGCCAAUGGUCGUGGUCUGCGCGUGUAAUUUGCCAAAUCCUUCGGAAUUCGAUUACGAUAAAAUUUUGGCACGAAUUCUACUCAAACUUGAUCUUUUUGUUGAAAGUGAUUAUACCGUUGUCCUGUUUGUGGGGGGUGCAAAACACAAUCCAGGAUGGGCUUGGAUGUUUCGAGCGUACAAAAGCUUGAGUCGAAAAUACAAGAAAAAUCUCAAGUCCUUAUACGUAGUUCAACCAUCUUCUUUAAUUCGGUUUUAUUUUGAUUUUAUGAAUGCUAUCAUAAGCCCCAAAUUUUCCAAAAAAGUACAAUAUGUGCAUACCCUUUCAGAGUUGGCUAGAUAUGUUCCUAUCACGCGAAUCGAUAUACCACCAGCCGUUUACGAAUACAAUUUGAGAUACGAGGAUAGAAUCACGUUACCGCGGUCGCCGGAUUAUGGUGAUGACGGACCUCUAAUGUUUGGAAUCUCGAUUGAAGAACUUAUGGGCUCUGAAGGAGAACACGGUUUACCCAGAGUGGUUAAAGAUUGUGUGACGUUUAUACGAUCUGAAGGUUUAGACACCGAGGGUGUAUUUCGUAGGUCGCCUAGUUCGAUUUUGUUAAGGCAGGCAAAAGAGGCAUACGAUCGAGGGAAUCCGGUUAAUUUGAAAGAUUAUGGGGUUCACGUGGCGGCCGUUCUGCUUAAAAUGUUUUUUAACGAUCAGCCGAUCGCCGUUUUCCCAACGGGAACCUACGACGCCCUUAAACAAAUCCAGCACAAAUCACAUCCUAUUGGAAGACUUGAGUUCAUACGUAGCAAUGUUUUCCCAUUACUAUCACACGCAACAAUUCUUCUCCUUCGAUAUGUAUGCGGACUUCUCGUAGAUGUUUCGAAACGCAAGAGCAAAAACCUGAUGACACCACAUAAUCUCGCAAUUAUGUUUGCACCAAACCUUGUACACAGUAGUAACCCAUUGUUAGAUGUUAGCAUGUGUUCUUUAACUCUUAAUGACAAUGUAAGCGGUGGUGGCGUUGGAAUACUGAUGAAACUUGCUAUAGAACAUUACGAUCUCAUGUUUGAAGGAUAUGAAGAACUUGAAAAUCGAAUCAAUGAUGUAAUAGAAAGAAGGAAUGUAUCGAUGUCGUCAUCGAUUACAGAUUCCAUAGAGACACCAGAAACUCCAUCAACAACUUCAUCAACCCCACCGAAAUAUCCAUCAAUUAAAAGAACCAGAGGUCUAGCCGCCUUAAGGGCCUCGCUAUCAACUAGUUCAGAUUCAUUACGUGUUGUUGGUGCAGGCGUAAAGGUUAGUGGUGUGAAAGUGCAAGGAACGGUUGUAAAUCAGCUUCACAUUCCGUACAGAGACGACCCCGAUUCUCCGAAUUCGAUGACAUCAAUCGAGGGGUUACGAAGAGCCAUUCCUUGGUCAUCUUGA